GCAGAUUCCUUGCCGACCUCAGAGAGAGAGGUGCUACUCCUUGUCCUUCUUCCCUCCCAAGAGUUUCCUGGGGAUUCCCCAAAGCCAAGAUGAGAGUCUUCAUCUGUCUGAGCAUCUUCUCUUUCAUGUUGGCUACAUGUCAAGAAGAGUGUUUUUCGGAUCAUCUGAGACCACGACUUAAAGAUGGUAAAGGGGUGAAGCCAAACACCUGCGUUGAUCGAUAUGAUGGGAAAACCCAUCCCAUUGGGUCCAGCUGGAGUACAGCCGAUUGCUUCGUUUGUGAGUGCAGUCGAGAUGGCAUGAGAUGUUGUGAGAGAGAACGUGGUAUCGUACUAGUUGAAAGAUGCAAGAAAGGGGAAAAUCCAGAAUCAUGUAAAGAUGCAGCCAUUGGACUUGAUGACAAAUGUCAGUUUAUCAUCCCUAAAGAUGAUAUAUACAUUAAAAUAUUGGAAGAGUUAUCAGUCCUGGAAAGAAAUCUGAAUAAGUUUCCCACAUUCCUUUCAAAAACCCAGCUCUAUUGA